GGCUGCGUUUUUGUUGCUAAAACUUUGUUGUUUUUAAACUUGGUUGUGUGAGAAGGUGCAGUGCUUCCACCUACGCCUCCAUCUUGGCAGAAGUCAUUCUCUCUUUAUUUUUAAUCUUGGCUGAUGUAAUUAAGAUUUGCCUUAGUGUGUUCCUCCUUGGGUCCAACUUCUUUGGGACUCUGAGCUUCCUGGACUUCCUGGAAGUCUAUUUCCUUUGUCAGAUUGGGCAAGUUCUCCUUUAUUAUUUGUUCAGAUAACUUUUCCAGUUGUUCGCCUUCCUUUUCUCUUUCUGGUACCCCUAUAAUCCAGAUGUUGGAAUGUUUAUAGAUGUCCUGGAGGUUCCUAAGCCUCUCCUCACUUUUUUGAAUUCUUGUUUCUUCUUUCUUUUCUGUUUGGUUGUGUCUUCCUUCUGGUCCUAAUAAUUUAUUUGAGUCCCAGUUUCCUCCCUAUCACUAUUGGUUCCCUGUACAUUCUCCUUUAUUUCACUUAGCAUAACCUUCAUUUUUUCAUCUAAUUUGCUACCAAACUCAACCAAUUCUGUGAGCAUCCUGAUCACCAGUGCUUUGAACUGUGUAUCUGGUAGGUUGGCUAUCUCUUCGUUGCGUAGUUGUAUUUUUUCUGGAGCUUUGAUCUGUUCUUUCAUUUGGGCCAUUGUUUUUUUUGUCUUGAUGCGCCUGUUAUGUAUGAGGGGCAGUGUCUUAGGUGUUCACCUGGGUGGGGCAACCCAGUCACUGGGUUGUGACACUGUAUGUGGGGGAUGGUCCGAGAGGGAACAAUGGCAGUUGCUCCUCUCUCUGUAGGAUUUCAGUCCCUUCCACCACUUCCCCCACACAAACUGGGUCCUUGUAGUGCUGAUUCCCAUGUGGGUGGGCUUGUGUAUGUUCUAGGUCCCUGUGGGUCUCUCCAAGGAACUCUCCUGUGAAGCUGGGAGUUUGUCCUGGAACCUCAAUCCCCACAGGUGUUUUCACUCAGUGUUUUGCGGCUUUAUUUUCCUGUGCUGGGGCCCUGGGUUGCGUGGUUUGUCUCGCUCCCCAGUUUGCCUGGUUUAUAUGCGCAUGAAUAUGGGACUGCCCAGUCCACCAGUCGUCUUGUGUGCUGCACCCAUUCACAGUCCACCGCCUCACUGGAUCCGCCAGCUGCCGCUUUGCUGUGAGUCCUCUCCACCCCACCACCCAACUCCACCCCUCCUACCGGUCUGGAUGAAUGUUUCUUCUUUAACUCCUUGGCUAUCGGACUUCCAUACAGUUCAGUUUUCUGUCAGUACCAGUUGUUUUUUUGUUUCUAAAUUGUUGUUGUCCUUCUUUUGGUUGUUCAAGGAGGCAUGGUGUGUCUACCUAUGCCUCCAUCUUGGGCAGACGUCCUAUUUCUCUCUCUUUUUUAAAUCACUUAAUGACCUUGUAUUUUACAUUUGGCUUUAAACUUCCAGCUUUUUUCAAUUUUCCUAUUCACUUCCAGAUCUCUUCUGUGUUGUUCCUUGUGAACAUAGGCCUAUUCAACAUGUUACCUGGGAAAUUGCAGCUAAGUCUAACAUUUGCUUUCUCCAAUUCAGAGAUUUAAAGGUUAUACUGGAAUUAAAAUUUUCAAUUGGAUUAAUGUCAAUUAUAAGGGAACUUGCUAUUUAAAAAAUAUUAGUGCGUUAUUUAUUGCACUAUUAUACUGUUUUGUACUGUGUGGGGUCUUUUGGGACAUGAGUAGUAACCCAUUCACCUAUUAGGUGAAUCUGUAUUUUUAUAUAUUUGCAUAAUAUGAGGUGCACAGGCCUUAUUUUAUAUUAAAAAAGAAUUCUCAGAUGAGCUAUAGCCAAUGAGGUUUAUCUGAGGUGCAAUUAUUGCUAAUUGAAAAUCCUCAUCCAAGGAUAAGUUUAUUGAUUUUUAAGAUUUUAUUUAUUUAUUUUUAGAGAGAGGUAAGGGGGGGGGAGAAACAUUGAUCAGUUGCCUCUCAUCUGUGAUAGACUGCAACCCAGGCAUGUGCCCUGACUGGGAGUGGAACUGGCAACCUUUUGGUUUGUAGGACAGUGCUCUAACCAUCUGAGCCACAGUGGCCAGGGCAGUCCAGGUAGUAUUUUGACUGAUCUAGAGCUUAAUGCCAAAUUGGACUCUGCUAUCUUAAAGAAUGACUUUGCUUUGGUUGUCAUCUAGUUUGGUAUCAUUAACCAGCAAAGCUUGGGCACUGAGGCGGAUGGUACCCCAGUAAAUCUCCGUGACUGCUCAAAGUCUGGAUGUGUGGGCCUAUGAAACCUUUUUUAGUCUACCCACAUGACUUUUAGACUGUUUUUUGUUCCUCAUCCCUCUGAAUCACAGAGCGGUCUGGGGCCUUCUCUUCCUUUUUGUCUUCUUUGUCCAGGGAGAACAGAAUCAUGAACAUUUACAUAGCACUGACUGUGUUAUAAACAUUUAAUACUUUAGUAACUACUUAAUCUUCACAAAACCCUGUAAGAGUCAUACUGUCAUCUUCAUUUUCCACAUGCAUGAGCUGUGGCACAGGGAAGUGACAUAUCUUGUUAAGGGUCACACUACCAGUGAGCAUGGGGAGCUGGGGUUUGCUUUCAGCCUAAAUUUCCACGGUAGGGAGAUGACCAGUACAUGGUACCCUGAGGACUGCUUUUCUGUGACCCGCCGCUGUUUCCUUUUGCAGUGUUGUUUCUUAGCCCCUUAGAGUCUCUGAUGUCACCUGGGGGGAGGAAUGGAAUUUGUGGCAUUUUUUCCAAGCCACCCAACCUCUAGAUCUGGGUUCACGGUUCUUGGUUGCAGUGGAAAGUUAGGCUUUGGAACCAGCCUAACCUGAGUUUAAGUCCUGCCAUCCAUCAAUUCAAUAUCUAGUAAAUAUCUACUAAGCUCCUUAAUGUUAAAUACCAGGCUUUGUAGGGGGUACUGACCAUACAGUAAACAGAACAAUUCCUUUCUCUCAUGAAAUUUAGUCAAGUGAGGGAAGAGUGGAAAACAUAAAUAUAUGUCAGGUGGUAAAUACUCAGAAAUGCAAGGCAAGAGGAUAGAGACUAAGGGGAAGCAACAUGUUAUUUGUUUGUUUAUUUAUAAUCCUUACCCAAUGAUAUGUUUAUUGGUUUUUAGAGAAAGGGGAAGGGAAAGGGAGAGAGAGAAGCAUCCAUGUCAUCCAUAGGUUGCCUCCCCUAAGCACCCCCACAGGGGGAUGAAAGUCACAAGGUAGGCGUGUGUCCUGACAGAGAAUCAAGCCUGCAGCCUUUCAGGGUACAGGAUGGUGCUCCAACAAACUGAGCCACCGGGCUAGGGCAGGAGAAGCACUAUUUUAGAAAUAUGGUUAGAGAAGGUCUUUGAUAAAGGGGCAUUUGAGCAAAUAUUAAGUGAGGGCGUGCGUAUGUGGCUAGUUGGUGAAAUGGUGUUUCAGGCCAAAGGCCCUGAGAUGAGAGCAUGAUCGUCCUGUUGAAGGAACUGCAAGGAAGCCAGUGGGCCAGUGUUCCAGCACAGUAAGGGUAAGGGAAAGUGGAAACAAGAAGACAUAGGACUGGGGUCCUGGGGGUAGAGGUGGGGCCUAUCUAUCUCUUGUAGGGCCUUUUAUGUUAAGGAAGAGACAUGAACUAUUCUAAAUGAAUGGGAAACCACGUCAGGGUGUCCUUGACAAAUAGCUUCAGAGUCUUCGUUUAUACCAUCUUAAAAGUGGGUUGCAAAGUUGUGAAGAUCAAUGAUAUUGUAAAAAUAAUUUUUGAAAGAAAAUCCAUCAAUACAUAUUGAGAUAACUGAGUAUAUUGCUUGUAUUUUCUUCAUAUCUUGGGCGGGUUGCUGCACGUCAUGCUGCUUAAGACUAAGAUACCCCAUAAACGAUCAAAGGAGGAUUAUGUUCUUUUGUAGGCAUGGGAAUGUGGUCCUGUCGAAAGGAAAAGGGUAGUUUUAGAGAAUUCGUUUAGUCAUUGAAGCUCUGUACAUGAGUGUCACCCGUCUUAGAAAGGCUGCAGCCGUGCCUAACUUGCUUUCCCAGGGUCCGCUGCAGCACAGACACCGCCUCCUGAGCCAGUUAGCUCGGAGAGUUUCGGCUUUGCUCUGGUCACCGCCUCCAACUCCCAUCAUGCCGUGGAGCGUGGGGCCUGGACGUAGACUCCAUUUCCCAGCCUGCCUCGGGCCUCGGUCAAGACGUGCCGGCGCCUAUAAGAGCCAGGGCUCUGCGGCCACAGCCUAUUGUUAGCCGGAGCCGGGGCGGUUCUGGGCGGCUGCUGCCGAGGGCACCCGAGUUGCCAGAGCCGUCCGCCCUUCGCCGCCUGUCGGCCGACCUGCCCACCCGCUCUCCUCCCUGUCCUGCGGCCCUGGGAACUCCCUGACCAUAGCUGCAGUCCCGGGACUCGCGCUAUCCUUCUUCCUUACCAGAGGGCUAGGGCGGCGGCGGCGGCAGCAGCGGGGGUGGCAGAGACCAUCACGGGAGGAGGCAACUGCGGCGGGGCCGAAUCCUAAUGCACCUGGCUAGCUGGUGGUGAGCGGGGGCUCUGGGGCCGACACGGUGGGCUCCCCCAGAAAACCCCUUUGAAACCAAUGGAUGCAUUCACGGGCUCGGGUCUCAAGAGGAAGUUUGAUGAUGUGGAUGUGGGCUCAUCAGUGUCCAACUCAGAUGAUGAAAUCUCCAGCAGUGACAGUGCUGACAGCUGCGACAGCCUCAAUCCUCCUACAACUGCCAGCUUGGCACCCACCUCCAUCCUGAAGCGACAGAAGCAGCUGCGGAGGAAGAAUGUACGCUUCGACCAGGUGACUGUGUACUACUUUGCCCGGCGCCAGGGUUUCACCAGCGUGCCCAGCCAGGGUGGUAGCUCUCUGGGCAUGGCACAGCGUCAUAAUUCUGUACGCAGCUACACGCUCUGUGAGUUUGCUCAGGAGCAGGAGGUGAACCAUCGGGAGAUUCUUCGCGAGCACCUGAAGGAGGAGAAACUCCAUGCCAAGAAGAUGAAGCUGACCAAGAACGGGACAGUGGAGUCGGUGGAGGCCGAUGGCCUGACACUGGAUGAUGUUUCCGAUGAAGACAUUGAUGUGGAAAAUGUGGAGGUCGAUGAUUACUUCUUCCUGCAGCCUCUGCCCACCAAACGGCGACGGGCCCUGCUGAGAGCGUCUGGGGUCCACCGCAUCGAUGCAGAAGAGAAGCAAGAACUUCGAGCCAUCCGCCUGUCACGGGAAGAGUGUGGUUGUGACUGUCGACUGUAUUGUGACCCAGAAGCGUGUGCUUGUAGCCAAGCUGGAAUUAAAUGCCAGGUGGAUCGCAUGUCCUUUCCAUGUGGCUGCUCCCGGGAUGGCUGUGGGAACAUGGCUGGGCGCAUUGAAUUUAAUCCAAUCCGGGUCCGGACUCAUUACCUCCACACCAUCAUGAAGCUGGAGCUGGAGAGCAAGCGGCAGGUGAGCCGCCCGCCCGCCCCAGAGGAGGAGCCCUCACCCACCGCCAGCUGCAGUCUGACUGGGGCGCAGGGAUCUGAGACGCAGGACUUCCAGGAGUUCAUUGCUGAGAACGAGACGGCAGUGAUGCACCUGCAGAGUGCGGAGGAGCUGGAGCGGCUCAAGGCAGAGGAAGACUCCAGUGGCUCUAGUGCCAGCCUGGACUCCAGCAUAGAGAGCCUGGGCGUGUGUAUCCUGGAGGAGCCCCUGGCCGUCUCCGAAGAGCUGUGCCCAGGCCUGACAGCCCCCAUUCUCAUCCAGGCUCAGCUGACCCCAGGCUCCUCGGUCCUGUGUUUUGCCGAGAACUCGGACCACCCAGCUGCUUCAGCAGUGACCAGUCCGUCCUAUUUGAACAGUGGGCCCCUGGUCUAUUAUCAGGUGGAGCAGAGGCCAGUCCUGGGGGUGAAAGGAGAGCCUAAUACAGGAGAAGCCCCACCCUCUUUACCCAAGGAGAAGGAUCUCAGUGUCUUCUCACUCCCUGUUACCUCACUGGUGGCUUGUAGCCCCACAGACCCAGCUGCCCUCUGUAAACCAGAGGUCGGGAAAACAUCCACCCUAGAGGCGCUAAUGCCUGAAGAUUGUAACCCUGAGGAGCCGGAGAACGAAGACUUCCGCCCCUCGUGGUCCCCCUCGAACCUCCCCUUCAGCCCGGACAGUGAAGCAAGCUGUGUGGUGGAGAAGACCUCACAGCAGGGCGAGGACCGGCCCCCUGAAGAUCCUUCUCUGGAACUUCCUCUGGCAGUGUGACAUGCAGAUAGAGAUUCUGUCUCUUACCCUUCUCUAUUUAUUCCCUUAUUUUAUCUAACACCAUUUCAGAACAAACUGUAGAAGCAGCUGCUGCUCCUAUGUUAUUUUAUUGGGGCUGUUGGGAAAUGGGUGGGAAAGGAUCGUUUGUACAAGUAUUUUUAAAAGGGUUAACAAAACCAAGGAGACCGGCCCCAGCUUGAUCUGGGAAUAGUCUCGGGGCAGAGGAGGCUGGCUGCAUAGUGCCCAGUGCUGAGCUUUCUGGGCCAUCGGAACAGAAAACUAGGAUCUCACAGGAGAAUCUAGGUAAUUCAAGCAGCUAUUCUUUAUGUGGGGAUCAGAAUACAUAAUUUGAACAGCAUGGCAAAGCCCCUUCUCUCCCGAGCUCCAGGGGGGGUGCAAGCUCAUUUUUCUCGGUGGCUACUCCGAUAUCUCAUUUUGGUGUGUUGUAACAACAGUCAGAAAUGUUACCUGGAGAGGAGGGGGUAGAAGGGUCUCUGCCUCUGUACAAAACCUCUAGGGUUCAUAAAAAUUUACCCCGUCCUCCCCCGUCCCCCAUUUGGUAAAUAAGUUAAUAUUUGACAUGUUUGGUGUUCUCUGACUUGUUCCCCACACUGGGGAUUCCUGGUUUGUAACUUGAAUUGUUUCUUUCUUAUGUUCUUAGGUACUAGAGUUGAACUCGUCUGUUUGUCUCCCCCUCCCCAACCCACCCCAGGCCUGCCUUUAAGAGCUAGAUUGGCUGGGGAUGUGGCAUGAAGAGCCUGAGUCUUCUUUGUGUGUCUAACACUAGCUCCAUUGGCUGCUCUAGGCUGGGCCGAUGGAGGCGUAAAUGGAGUGUUAAGUGUAUCCAAAGGAGGCAGCAGGAGCAGAUAGCAGCCUGCAAAGAUGUCAACUUCUUUGUGCCAAGCUUGCUUUCGCCCAGGCACCACCGGCUCCCCACGUGGGAGAUUUGAGCUUUAAAGAAAUAUAAGAUGCAGUAAUCUACGGUCACCAACCAGUUUGGGGUUUUUUUCCUUUUUCUGUAUCUACCCUGGUGGUCCCUCUUGGAUAUACAGGGUUGGAGAUUUAUACCAUUCCAGUUCACCCCCCAAAACUGCAACUCUUUAUUAGACCCCUCCAUCUUGAUAUAUAAAAAUUGGAAGCCAAAUCAAUUCUUAAAUACUACAUACAACUUCCACGUUCCAAAGAGUUAAAGUUCUGCUGACCACCUCCGAGGUCUCAAGGAGGACUCACACCCAGUUCUUACCUCUGCCUGGGUAUACAACUCCUGCCCCUCUCACGUCCAGCUUUUGCUCCUGGGUGCGUGCCACUGAACUCAUUAGCAAUGUUAUCUUUGCUUUAAAAUGGAGAUAUUGGGGAGCAAGACACUCUCCUCUAGCAUCCUUCACAACAUGCUUUGCUGGUUACAGUUCACUAACCAGGGUAGAACAAAGUGGAAAACCUUUCUUGGUGGGGGAGAUAACUGUUCCUGCUUCUCUUGCUCAUAAAUCCUCUUGUGGGACACUGAGACCCUGCGGUCUCGGAGCAGCCUUCAUGUAGGUCGCAGCAGUCCUUCUCCUGUAAAAUCGCUGAACUGAGCCUGACAGGCCUUGUACUUAACACGCAGACGUCUUUUAACCCACCCGCCUCCCCUGUUCCUGGCGGGGAAGGUUCUUAAUUAAGUACAUGGGUCCUUAACACUCCCCAUCUUCUAGCUUCAAGAGACAGAGCUGAGAGUCUUAAGUACCUGAGACGACCUAGAAGCUAUUCCAACCGAUCUGCAACCCUCCCCACCCUGCACCUUAGACUGGUCCCCUCAAAUACAAGCCCGAAGCUUGGUUGGGAAUUGGACUCUGGAGAAUCUGAAAGUUUGUGUUGGAAGGGGAGGGUGAGCUGUAAACAUUCCCUCCUUAGGAAGGGUUCCUAAUCUAGGAAGUGUUUCUGGUGCUCAGAGACGUGUUAGCCUUUGGGAUCAAAGCAAGACUUUGAGUCUAAUUUACUAAACUCAUUGCCAACCCCCAUGAUGAUUUUUCUGAAGAAACUAGUUUUCUUCAUUUAAACCCUUUGUUAACUCCACAAUUCUGAUUCACACUGCUCCUAAGCUUUUAAAUGCUAAGUGUUAACACUUAGCAUUAACUGUGUUGUUAAGCAAAGGGCCUUUUCUGCAACCUGGUCUAUCUCAUUCCUGGUGCUACCUGAGUUGGACACAAUUAGAGCUCAUGGUUGCUAGAAAAGCUAGGCCUCUGCUCACAGAAGCAGAUGGCUUCGAUCCCGCUUAGUCCGGGCCUAGACAAAAGAAAUGACUUCUUACUGCAACUCAUUAUUUUCCAAUCUCCUCGUAUACUAUAUACAGGUUGUAUUUUCAAUGUGAAUCCAAAGCUUGUCUGGUUCUCUGAAAAAAAAAUUUUUUUUUUUUUUUGCCUUUUAGGUCCUUUACAUUGUGAUAAUGCUGUAUUU